CCACAUGAAAAAAGAAUUUCGAAUUUACAGCAACCAACAAUCAAUUUCUUCUUUCGAUUUUUCUGAUGAUCCUCGAGUUAGUUUUUUCUGUCCAGACUGGUUUUUUGAAAAAUCAAUAUUGGAUUUGGGUUGUAAUGCUGGAAGGUUUGCAAUAACUUUGGCUAGAAGAUGCCAACCAAGGAAGGUUAUUGGAAUUGAUUUGGAUCAACAUUUGAUUGGGGCUGCUAGGAAAAAUAUUAGACAUUUUGCUGAUAAAGAGGCUAAAUUAACCAGUAGAUUCCCUGCUUCUUUUCCUGCAAACUUUGGACCAAUCUCUGCACCUUCUACUUCGUCCGGUUCAAAAUUCCCCGACAAUAUUUGGUUCUUUUGUCAAAAUUAUGUGCUCAAUUCUGAUGACGAGUUGGAAAAGGUAACUGAAGAGUUUGAAAUAAUUUUUGCUCUUUCACUAACUAAAUGGAUUCAUUUAAAUUGGGGAGAUGUAGGAAUUCGUCGAUUUUUUCAUCGUGCUUUUCGUCAACUUAAAACUGGCGGCCGUUUUGUUCUUGAAACAGCUCCAUAUAAGGACUACAUUAAACAUUGUAACAAAAAAGGAAGUGAAAAACCCCCAGAAGAAGUAUUAAAUAAUCUCUCAAAAAUAGCCUUUCAUCCAGAAGAAUUUACAGAAUAUUUGCUUAAUAAUGUUGGGUUUAAUCAUCAUGAAGAAUUGAAUACUCCACAAUCCAAACAUCUGGGUAUUUCUGGCCGUCUACAAGUGUUUUACAAAGGCAAAUUUAUGUUAACGCCCAGAAGGGGUUGUGAAACAGAUUUAAUAAUUCAACAUCAACAACAAGAAAAACAACAACAACAAACAUCUAAUGGAACAAUAAUGUCAACAACACCUAAAAACAUGUAG